AUCUAAAGAAGAAAAAGAAAAAAAAGUGUAGAGGGAGGGAAAGAAGAAGAGAAAAAAAGAGUACAUUGGAUGCUGAUGCUGAUGCUGUUGGCUCCCUUUACCUUCAUCACUCUCUUUGUAUCUUCUAGUGUAUAUUCACUAUAACUUUAAGCUCUAUGAGUUGAGAUGUUCUCAUUGCUCUUUCAUUCCUCUAUCUAAACCAGUUAUGGCCACUCCUUCUUUCAGUUUUGUGAUCACUUGCUUCCUCUUCCUCUUUCUGUUCCUCACUACUAGUCCUGCUUCUGUUUCUUCACUUCCUCUUUCUCUGAGAAACCAAGCUUCUGUAUUGGUUUCUCUCAAACAAGGUUUUGAAGCUGCUAACCACUCUUCUUUGAGCAGUUGGAAAAUCUCUAACUACUUGUCCCUUUGCACCACAUGGCAUGGCAUUCAGUGUGACCAUGAUAAUAACAUUUCUGUGGUGUCAUCACUUGACAUAUCCAAUUUAAACAUUUCUGGUUCAGUUUCUGGUAUUCAUAGGUUACCAAACCUGAGAUUCCUCAACAUGUCUAACAACAUGUUCAGUGGAAACUUGAGCUGGGAAAUUUCACACUUGAAGGAGCUUGAGGUUCUUGAUGCUUAUAACAAUGAGUUCAAUGGUUCACUUCCUGAGAGUGUGAUUCAACUCCCAUGGCUCAAGCACUUGAAUUUUGGAGGGAACUACUUCUCUGGGAAAAUCCCUCCAAGCUAUGGGAAAAUGAGGGGGCUCAACUUUCUGUCUCUUGCAGGAAAUGAUUUGAGUGGUUUCAUACCAAGUGAGAUUGGGAAUCUCACUAACCUUACCCAUCUUUUAUUGGGAUACUACAAUCAAUUUGAAGGUGGGAUCCCACCUCAAUUUGGUGAAUUGAUCAACUUGGUUCAUUUAGACCUUGCAAACUGUGGCUUGAAUGGUUCAAUUCCAGCUGAGUUAGGAAAACUCUACAAGCUAGACACACUCUUCUUGCAAACUAAUCAGCUCACAGGAUCAAUCCCACCUCAGCUAGGAAACUUGACUAGUUUGAAAAAUCUUGAUCUUUCAGUCAACAAGCUAACAGGAGACAUCCCUUAUGAGUUCUCAGGCCUUCAAGAACUCACCCUCUUGAACCUCUUCAUCAACAAUUUCCAUGGAGAAAUCCCUCAUUUCAUUGCUGAGCUACCUAAACUGGAGGUGCUGAAGCUCUGGCAGAACAACUUCACUGGAGUGAUUCCUCCAAAGCUUGGACACAAUGGAAGGUUAACUGAGCUUGACCUUUCAACAAACAAGCUCACAGGACUAGUCCCAAAAUCUCUAUGCAGUGGAAAGAGGCUGCAGAUUUUGAUCUUGCUGAGAAACUUUCUGUUUGGAUCUUUGCCUGAUGAACUUGGUCAAUGCUACACACUCCAAAGAGUUCGUUUGGGUCAAAACUACUUAACUGGUUCACUUCCACAUGGUUUCCUUUACUUGCCUGAGCUCUCUCUUUUGGAACUGCAGAACAAUUAUCUCAGUGGUAAAAUUCCACAAGAAACAAGCAAGGCAAUUGCACCCUCCAGACUUGGACAAUUGAUUCUAUCAAACAAUAACUUAUCAGGUUCUCUGCCAGCUUCAAUAGGAAACUUUCCCAACUUGCAAAUUCUUCAGCUUAGUGGAAACAGAUUCUCAGGUGAAAUUCCACCAGAUAUUGGGAGAUUGAAAAACAUCAUCAAGUUGGAUGUGAGUAUGAACAACUUUUCAGGUACUAUUCCUCCAGAGAUAGGUAACUGUACCUUACUCACAUACUUAGAUUUAAGCCAAAACCAGCUAUUAGGCCCUAUCCCAAUUCAAGUUACUCAAAUUCUUAUACUAAAUUAUCUUAAUGUCUCAUUGAACCACCUCAAUCAAAGCAUUCCCAAGGAACUUGGGACCAUGAAGGGUUUAACUUCAGCAGAUUUCUCUCACAAUAACUUCUCAGGUUCAAUACCUGAAGGAGGGCAAUUUUCAAUCUUUAAUUCAACAUCCUUUGUGGCUAACCCUCAGCUAUGUGGAUAUGAGUUCAAUCCAUGCAACCUUUCUUCAACAACAGCAAUGGAAUCUCAAAGUGCAAAACCUGGAGUAGUCCCUGGGAAAUUCAAGCUUCUUUUUGCAUUGGCAUUGUUGGGAUGUUCAUUUGUGUUUGCAACCUUAGCCAUCAUCAAGAGCAGAAAAGCAAGGAAACACUCCAAUUCAUGGAAGCUAACAUCAUUUCAGAAACUGGAAUAUGGGAGUGAAGACAUUGUGGGAUGCAUAAAGGAAAGCAAUGUCAUAGGAAGAGGUGGAGCUGGGGUUGUGUACAGAGGAACCAUGCCAAAUGGAGAGGAAGUUGCAGUGAAGAAGUUAUUAGGAAUCAACAAAGGCUCUUCUCAUGACAAUGGCCUCUCAGCAGAAAUUAAAACAUUAGGUAGAAUCAGGCACAGGUACAUUGUGAGGUUGCUAGCAUUUUGUUCAAACAAAGAGACCAAUUUGCUUGUUUAUGAUUACAUGCCAAAUGGAAGCUUAGGUGAAGUGUUGCAUGGGAAGAGGGGUGAGUUUCUGAAAUGGGAUACUAGGCUGAAAAUAGCCACAGAAGCUGCAAAAGGGCUUUGCUAUUUGCACCAUGAUUGUUCCCCUCUGAUAAUCCAUAGGGAUGUGAAGUCAAACAACAUAUUAUUGAACUCUGAUUUUGAGGCUCAUGUUGCUGAUUUUGGGCUUGCCAAGUUCAUGCAAGAUACUGGGACUUCAGAGUGCAUGUCUUCCAUUGCUGGUUCUUAUGGCUACAUAGCUCCAGAGUAUGCAUACACAUUGAAAGUAGAUGAGAAAAGUGAUGUUUAUAGCUUUGGAGUGGUGCUGCUAGAACUCAUUACAGGGCGAAGACCAGUGGGGGACUUUGAGGAAGAAGGACUAGACAUUGUUCAAUGGACCAAGAUGCAAACUAAUUGGAACAAAGAGAUGGUGAUGAAGAUCCUUGAUGAGAGGCUAAGUCACAUUCCUUUAGAUGAAGCAGAGCAAGUGUUUUUUGUGGCCAUGUUAUGUGUUAAUGAACACAGUGUGGAGAGACCAACCAUGAGGGAAGUGGUUGAAAUGCUGGCACAAGCAAAGCAACCAAAACACAUUUGAAAUGCAGUGAUCUAGAAAACCAAAAAAAAAAGGGACAAGUUAAAAUGAAAAAGUUGUAAGUCAAUAUACAUGUGUUUGUUUGUGUUCAUAUUGUGGGUUGGUUAAAAGGUAUUUAAUUUUCCAAACAAAAUUGUCACAUGAAUUCUGAAUAUUCCUUUUUCUUUUUUGACCCUUUUA